AGCGGCAGCGACAGCGACUGCGACUGCGACGUCGUAUCCCAGCGAAUUGUUUGCGCAUUUUGCCAGCGAGCGUUGGGCAGCGCGGAUGAAUUUCGCACCAGGCGCGAAUAAAUCAUAAUAAAAAAAACCAAUAAAAAUAUAACAAAAAUAAGAUAAAAAAAAAAAAAAAAAGAAGCAGCGGCUCAUCAUAAAAAUUCAAAUCCCGAUUGCAAAUCAGACGAAAUUCACGUCAAUAAUUUGUCAAUGAAACGCGAUCCGAAAAGUUUUCCAUCAAAUCUUAUAGCCGUAUCAAUCGCCGAGUGUCAAUUAAAUUAGCGCGCCAAUAUCGAGCGCGAUUCGAAGCCAAAGCCAGGCGCAACAGGUACCGCUCUCUCUCUUGUUCUCACUCUCUCUCUCCCCCGCUCUCUGUGUGAGUGUGUGCGUAUGUGGAGGUGUGUGUAGGUGUGUGCAGGUGCCACAGUGAAACGCCAUUUUAUAAGUCAAGUGAAAACCAGAUCUAAAUUGAAUUUAGUCAACAAAAUAAAAGUGAAAAGUGGGCAAAGAGUGCAUUGAAUUGUUCGACUAUAUACAUAUAUCAUCAAAAUUAAAUGAAAUAAUCAUGGAAAACGAAAUUAGAAAACUUGAAGCAGCUACAUAGAAAGGCUCGUGUGUGAGGAGUCACAAGGGAGCAGGAGUAGUAACAGCUGCAGGAGCAGCAAGAGCAGCCGCAGCAGCCACAAGGGAAGGAUAACUUGUGGCACACAUACACACACAUACAGACAUGGCAGACAUGGCGUAUGCGCAACAUGCAACUGCAACAAAUGCAACAACAUAUGCUAUUUCAGUUUACUUACUGAACAAUUCGCGUCAAUUAGGCUAUGCACGCUCCAAGGCACAACAUAAUUGAAACUGUCUGCAAUUGCCAUUAUUACUACAACAGCAACAACAACAAAAGGGGAAAAUAUUGAAAUCGAAAAUUAAUUCAAAUUUAUUGAACGCCUCAAUUCGCCUCUGCCAACAUGUCCGAGUUUCGGUUCUUUUCGUACACCGACUUUGCUUUCAGAACGAAUCACUCGCAGAAUCUGAUCAAUCUGCCCUUUACGCAAUACCAUGCCGCCGCCAGUACUCAGCAGACGGAGCAGACAUCGGCGGACAUCGAGCUGAAUGUGCCGUACACCGUGUUCGAGGUGCUCGUGGCCAUCAUCAGCAUCAUUGGCAACCUGAUGGUGAUCAUUGUCUUCCGGCGCGAACGGAAACUGCGCCGCCGCACCAACUACUACAUCGUCUCGCUGGCCAUGGCCGAUUUCCUGGUUGGCUCGCUGGGCGUGCCCUUCGCCAUACUGGCCUCCAUUGGCUUGCCCAAGAAUCUGCACGCCUGCCUCUUCACCGUCUCGCUGCUGGUGGUGCUCUGCACCAUAUCCAUCUUCUGCCUGGUCGCCGUCUCCGUGGAUCGCUACUGGGCCAUACUCUACCCGAUGGCCUACUCCCGCAAUGUGCGCACCCGCACGGCAAUUGUCAUCAUAUCCGUGUGCUGGUUGGCUGGCGCAAUUGUGGGCUUUCUGCCGCUCUUCGGCUGGCACGCGGAUGUGCCCCACGAUCAGACCUGCCUGUUCGUCGAGGUUAUGGACUACAACUAUCUGGUCUUUCUGUACUUUGCCACCAUCAUCACGCCGGCCCUGCUCAUGCUGGCCUUCUACACGCACAUCUAUCGAGUGAUUAUCAAGCAGGUGCGCCAGAUAGUGACCAUGAAUCCCGCAUCGGAUCUGAGCCGACGCUCCUCCACCGCCCAGAUGCAGGUGACCACAACGGGGCGCGGCGGCCACACGGGCACCAUGCUCCGCGUUCUGGGCGCCGCACGCAAGCGGGACGUGAAGGCGACGCAGAAUCUGUCCAUCAUUGUGCUGUUCUUCAUGAUCUGCUGGAUUCCGUUGUACACGAUCAACUGCAUCAAGGCCUUCUGCCCCAACUGCUAUGUGCACCCCAAACUGACGCUCUUCUGCAUCAUACUCUCGCAUCUGAACUCGGCGGUCAAUCCCGUGCUCUAUGCCUACCACCUGAAGGACUUUCGACUGGCGCUGAAGAACCUCAUGCUGAAGCUGAUGGGCGUGGACAUCGAUCAGCAGGCGGAGGCGAUACAUCGCUUCUCGCUGGCCAGCCAGCACCGUCUGCAGUCCAUGGACUCCACCAUGCGCACCACGCAGCCGCGCAUGUAUGUGGGUGAGUACUCCCCUAUUUGGCUGCGCCAGCAGCAGGAGGCGCUCAAGAACUCCCAGCUGCUGCCCAAGUGCGGCGUCCUCACGCCCUGCGUGAACAGCAUCAACCAGACGGUGGCCGCCGCCGUGACCGCCUCCACGGACAUUGAGCGCGACAUGUGGAACAUUGUGGAGGCAUCUAGCGGUGCGGAGCUGGGCGAGAUUAGCUAUGAGUUUCCCAGCGCCAAGCGGGAGAGCGAUCAUGAGAGCAGCGCUUCAAUUUCAGUGCCGGCGACUGCGCAGCCAGCUGUGCAGUCAGCGUCGCAGCAGCAGCGCUGCGACAGCGCGUUCUCGUACGACAACCAGAACUACUCGACGGGACCUGAGGACGGCAUUAGUCUGCCCGACGACCUGGACGAGUAUGAGGAUGUGUUUGUGCCGCCAAGCGGCAACCACAACUACCAGGGCGUCGAUCCAGUCGAGCUGCGUCGCUCGUUGGCCUGUGUCAUGCGCGAGAAGCUGCGCAGCGAUGACACCGACUACUACAGCCAGCAGGCUGCACUGCAGGAUGCCAGCAGCGGUGACCAGGAGCUGCCGUCCACGCUGGAACGGGUCAGACCCUGCUCCACGCGCACCUCCCCCAGCAACGGAACACUGCCGCAGCAACUGCGCGCCAAGCUGCUCGCCGGCAACUCGAACAGCGAUCACUGCCUGCCCCUGCCCAGCACAGGUGCCAACAGCGCCGGCAUCUAUGUCAUCGAUGGCGCCACGAAUCCCCUGUCGCCUGGCCACAAGCCGAAGUAUCGCAAGUCCACGGCACUGACGCGCAACUCGCGCAAGAAGAGUCGCUCCUGCACCUGCGCCAACGAACAUAAGCAGGCGAGUCCUGGCGAAGCAGCCAACUCAACAGCCGGCCAGCCUAACCAUAGUCUCAGCUCCAGGCAGUCGGAGGAGUCGCCGCCAGCUCAAACGAGUCACGAGCACUUCUUCAGUCCGCUCAAGUCAGUUGGCAGCUUUAUGCAGCAUUCCAAUAUUUUUAAUCUCUUCCAGCCGCACGAAACGGCGGCCACAGCCCCAACGGCGCUAAACACUGCUCCAGGACCAGGCUCAGAGACGGGGACGGGGACAGGGACUGGAACAGGACCGGGCACGGGGACAGGAAAAGCAUCAGGGGAAGGCACUGGAGCUGGACCCACUGCUCCUCCAUCCAUGUCCAAUUCACGACUGACCGUUGGGCCAUUGACUUCCACGUCGGCCUCUUCGUCCUCGUCUCUAGUCGCUGCCAGCGUUGAGAGUUGACCUACGGUCAAUGCUCCUCACGAGGCAGACAAAGACUAGGCAAAUACUCGCAAGACAAAAGCUUUUAGCAUAAGUACCUAGUUUUCGAGUUUCAAACGACUCCAUCAUAGAUCAAUGCUUGGAAAAGCCGGAAACGGAAUAGAAACGGAAACGGAAACGAAAACGAAAACAUUUCCAGCUCUUGAUGUUCCUACAGUUUCAGUUCUGUUUCGUGAAUCAUGAGCAUUUAUUUUUCCAUGUAAUUAUGUUUAUUUCCUUUGUUUAAUUAGUUAAUUGUUUGGAACUAGCUUAAAGUCAAUUUAUAAGUAAAUCCCCAUUUUUGACAUACUCGUAUUUUUUCUACAUGCAUACAUAGAUAUACAUACAUACAUAUGUAUAAGUAUUAAACUGCUUAGAAAUCUAUUGAUGUUAUCUAAAACAAUGUAUCCUAUAUAUACAUAUAUACAUAUAUAUGCAUGUGUGUUUAACUAAGUAUACUUGGAACGUCUGUGAAAAUCAAUAUGUAUAUAAAUAUAUAUAAAUGUACAUACAUAUAUAUUUAUGUGUAUAUUCAAUGUAUUGUUGAAGAUCAAAUAAAAGUUGGAAAAUACCAAGAUAUG